ACCCAAAUAAAAUGAACUAUUAUCUCAAUGAAACAGAGGAAAUAUAUGAUACUGAAGUAAGAACUAAAGUAUUACUCCUAACAAGUAACAAGAUUCAGUUUUGUUUCUCAAUACCUUCAAUGGGUCUCCAGAUAAACCCCUAAAAUCGUACAAAUUAUCGAAAUGUUUACAACUCAUUGUUGCCAACAUUUUGAAGUCCAAUUUCAGUUGAUCACAUUCAAUUGUCGGGCCAAUUUGGCCCGUUAGUCCGGUGUCGGCCCGGCCCAAAUCCACGUGGAUAGUCAACUCGAAUAAGUUAGUUACCCAAAAUCCCACAAAUCGUAACGCCGCACGCGCCACUCGUCAUUCGUUAAAACAUGCACAUGCAGAGGAAACAAAAGAGAGAAUGGUAAGUAGAAAAAAACCCAACUUUAAAUAACAUACAAAACCCUCGUAAACGUAUAACUAACUAACCCACCCCACCGCCAUGACCACCACCGUGCUCGAAAGCUGUGGGGUUGCGCCGCCGCCGGGGUUGGUGGCGGAUCAAUCGCUGCCGCUCACGUUCUUCGAUAUCAACUGGCUGCAUUUCCACCCCAUGCUCCAGCUCCUCUUCUACGAAUUCCCCUGCUCCAAGCCACACUUCCUUGAAACAAUCGUUCCAAAACUCAAACAAUCUCUCUCGCUAUCUCUCAAGCACUUCUUCCCCCUCUCCGGCCACGUCGUCUACCCUUCGUCGCCGGAGGAGAUGCCGAUUUUCCAGUACCUCUCCGGCGACUCCGUUCCUGUAACCGUCGCCGAAUCCAGCGACGAUUUCGACGAUCUCGUCGGAGACCGUGCGCAAUCGGCUGAUAAGCUUUACAGUUUCAUCCCUCGAUUGCCGCCGAUCGUCGAGGAAUCCGAUCGGAAACUGCUCAAGGUCCUCGCGGUGCAGGCGACUCUCUUCCCCGGGCGCGGCGUCUGCAUCGGGAUCACGACGCAUCACUGCGUCAGCGACGCGCCGUCGUUCCUAGGGUUUUUGACGAGCUGGUCGGCGAUCAGCAGAGGAGAUGGCGACGAGGAAUUCGUGAGCAAACAUGGCGAGUUGCUGCCGGUUUUUGAUCGAUCCUUGAUUAAUUACCCUCUGAAAUUGGACGCGAUUUACUGGAAAAAUGCUCAGAGAAUCCCCUUGCAGUCGCGCCACCCUUCCCUACCGACGAACCGUGUUCGAUCGACCUACACUUUCACCCAAUCGGAGAUUAAGAAACUGAAGAACUCGAUUCAGGAAAGGAUUCCAAAUUUAGCUCACCUCUCAUCUUUCGUCGCGAUCGCAGCUUAUAUCUGGACUAUCAUGGCGAAAUCACUCAGAUCUGAAGCAGACAACGACGGCGACGGCGACGCGUUUUUCUUAAUUCCGAUCGAUUUACGGCCGCGUUUGGAUCCGGCGGUUCCGGGGAACUACUUCGGCAACUGCCUGUCCUUCGCGCUGCCGAGGAUGGGGCGGCGGGAGCUGGCCGGAGAGGAGGGGCUGUUUCUGGCGGCGGAGGCGGCGGCGGCGGCGAUAGAGGAAAGGACGGGCGACAAGAAGAUUCUAGAGAGUGUGGAGAAAUGGUCGGGCGAGAUCCGCCAGGCGUUGCAGGAGUCGUUCUUCUCCGUUGCCGGGUCGACCCGGCUGGAUCUAUACGGGGCGGAUUUCGGGUGGGGCAGGGCGAGGAAGCAGGAGAUAUUGUCGAUUGAUGGAGAGAAAUAUGCGAUGACGCUUUGCAAAUCAAGGGAUUUUGUGGGAGGAUUCGAGGUUUGCUUGUCUUUGCCCAAGGACAAAAUGGAGGCUUUUCAUGCUUAUUUUGCCAAGGGAAUUAAUUAACCUUAAUAGUAUGUGUGUGUGUGUUUCUUAAUUUGUAUGAAAUUUUUCACUCAAAAAAAAAAAAAUUGUAUGAAAUUUUAUAUAGUAUUUUGUUACAUAUGUAA